UAUUAUGUUGUAGACUGCAGUUGAAAACUAUAAUCGACUAACGAUUUACAAGAAUUAUAUAUACAUAUUAUAUGCAUAUAAUGAUUAUAAUGAUAUAAUGUACAGUAAGUCACUGAACAGUCUGUCACGAAAUAAAUAUUAAUGUUCUGUGUAACUGCCCGAAUGCCGUAGUGCCGUCCGCCGCAUUAUCACUUAUACUGUCAAAUGAUGAUGCGCUAUCAGUUACGUUGUCGAAUGUAGAAUCGCUGUAGUUUUCGUAAUAAAAUACACUUGUACUAAGUAGUACAUAUUUCAGUAUUAUAUACACAAUGUUGGAUGUACAAGAGCCUAAGUCUAAAAAACCAGCAGAUACAGCAUUCAAACAACAACGAUUGCCGGCAUGGCAACCAAUUCUAACAGCACGCAAUGUAAUGCCCAUAUUCUUUGCAGUUGCAGCAGCAUUUAUUCCAAUUGGCAUAGGUUUACUAUACCUUACAAAUCUGGUUCAAGAAUUUACUCUCGAUUAUACACAUUGCAAAAGUAUUGAUUAUCCACAUGAUUCUUGUGCAGAAAUUAUUAAUGGAAAUCGUAAUUUGUCUUGUAAUUGCAGUAUUUCAUUUAAAUUGGAAGAAGAUUUUUCUCCUAAUGUUUACAUGUAUUAUGGAUUAACCAAUUAUUACCAAAACCAUCGGCGUUAUGUAAAAUCAAGAGAUGAUUUUCAGUUGCUUGGAAAACUUAGCAAAACUCCAUCUAGUGACUGUGCACCGUUUGAUUAUCACAACAAUAAGCCAAUUGCACCUUGUGGAGCUAUUGCCAAUUCAUUAUUUAGUGAUAAAUUAUCAUUGAAAUACAAUGAUAAACCUGUUCCAUUACUUCGAACACAAAUUGCUUGGGAAUCUGAUAAAAGUAUCAAGUAUCAUAAUCCAGAACAUUCAAAAGGAAAUUUGAAAGAAGCAUUUAAAGAUUUUGAAAAACCAAUUAACUGGCGUGUGAAUAUAUGGGAAUUGGAUAAGGAAAAUGAAUUUAACAAUGGUUUUGAAAAUGAAGAUUUGAUUGUUUGGAUGCGAACAGCUGCACUUCCUGAUUUUCGUAAAUUAUACAGACGUAUUGAUCAUUCUAAUGACUUUAAAAACGGUUUACCUAGAGGAAAUUAUGAAUUAGUCAUAGACUAUAAUUAUCCAGUAACAGGUUUUGGUGGGACAAAAAGUUUGAUACUAUCCAACACAUCAUUUACAGGGGGCAGAAAUUCAUUUCUUGGAUAUGCUUAUAUUGUGGUUGGAUGUUGCUGCUUUUUAUUAGGGCUAAUGUUUUUAAUUCUUCAUAUCAAAUAUAAACCCAGUGCAAAUACAGGAGAUAUUUCCAUUGUUUCCCCAUCAACAUCUUAUCAGUAAUUCAGUAUAAUUAUUUCUUUAUCAAAGAAAUAAUUCCUGGUGUUUUCUGCACUUAAAAAUUUAAUUAGGCUGUGCUUAAAUUAGCAACUAAUGAGCUUUAUAAGACAAUGUGAUAUGUAUAAAAAAAAAAAAAUCAUAUUUUAAUUUAUCACAAUUCUGUAACUACAAUCGACCAAUAUCUAAUUUAUUUUAUAAUGUACUCAUAAGUUAAAUUAUUUUAGCAUAAAAUUUGUCUUAAAUACAUAUAACACUACAUAACUUAAAUCAGUUAAACCAAUAUUUAUUAUUAAGUGGUACUAUUAUUUAUUAUGAA